AUGACGAACCCUGCCUUCCCACCUGCCGGCUACUCCGAGGACAUCGUCCGUCGCGUCCGCGUGCUGUUUGGUGGCAAGUACGUCGCCGACGCGCCCAGGCCCAAGCUUGUCUGGGAGCAAUCGUGGUACCCCCUCUACUAUUUCCCCAAGGAUACGGUCUCGAAGGAGUACCUCUCCAACGCCCAGAAGUCAUCCGACGGCUCGAAAGUCAAGCAUGAUCUCGUGGUCGGCUCCAAGACGUCCCAAGGCGCCGUCACUGUCUUCGAGACGGGCGACUUCGCCGGGUACAUUCGCAUCGCGUUCGAUGCUGCCGACGCGUGGUUCGAGGAGGAUCAGAGGCUCUACGUGCACCCCAAGGACCCGUACAAGCGCGCCGAGGUCCUCCCGAGCUCGAAGCAUAUCCGCGUCGAAGUUGACGGCGUCGAGGUCGCCAACACCAAGUCGAGCCAGAGGCUCUACGAGACGGCUCUGCCCGUGCGGACUUACAUUCCCUUCACGGACGUGCGCGUCGACCUACUCUCGCCGUCCGAUGAGGUCUCGAGUUGCCCGUACAAGGGUGACGCGAACUACUUCGACAUCAACCUCCCAGACGGCAAAGGCAAGAAAGAAGGCUUGGCGUGGUACCACAAGUUUGCGGCGCUCGAGAGCGCGCCCAUCGCUGGACUCGUGGCGUUCUACGACGAGAAGGUCGACGUCUGGGUUGAUGGAGUCAAGCAAGAGCGCCCCAAGCCUGCCUUCUGA